GUUCGCGUAAAUGUUGUCUAGAUAACUUUCAUCCUCUGAGAAUAGCUUAAUUUAUAUUUUUAAAUAGUGUAAUUGGACACUUCAUGUUGGUACUCACCGGAAAAGGGAAAGAUGCCUCACCAUGGCUUGGAGGACGCACGCAAGCACUUCAUCCUUACCACUACAGGAAACUAUUUUGGCCUGAAGCCUUCAUCAGACCCACUCCUCUCUUCAGUGGCAGACCGCACAGAGCUGAAUAACUUUUUGGAUGAUGGCAAUGAAUUCGUGCUGUCAGUACAAAAGCAUGGAAAUGACCUACGCAUAUCUAACAAGAUCGAUUCAGGGGACAGCAAAGACAAAGUGUUGGUGUUUUUCAAGCUGCGGCCCACUGUUAUCACCGAGGACAACCUCCACAGCAAUGUCCUUGUGUCCUCUAUGUUGGAGUCACCCAUUAGCACUCUUUAUCAGGCAGUGCGACAGGUGUUUGCGCCAGUGCUGCUGAAGGAUGAGAAAUGGAGUAAGACCUUUGACCCCAAGCUCCAGAGCUUAUUGAGUGACCUGGAAGUGGGUCUCGGUUCAGUAGUUCGGCGUUCAGACCCAGAGGACACUGGAAAGAGAAGCUUCAAAGAAGACGAUGUUUUGGGUAUUCUGACUCCUAAUGAUGAGUUUCAGUAUUGGGCAGACCUCUCGAAGGUUGGUGAGAAGACCAGCAUCAAAGAAAGAGCAGCCUAUUUCGUCGAGCUGUUCCAGUCCAUUGAGAAGGAUUACAGCAACCUGGACAGCAUUGCUCUGACUGAUACAGUAGAGCUGGUGGAUAGCACGAGAGACACGGUGGAUGAUGUGUGGAGGCAGAGUGAGCACGAUCCAUACCCUGAGGUCCGCAUGCAGCAUCUGAUGGAGGUCAUAGGCGGAGCUCUGGGGAGGUAUGUGCAGAAGAAGCUGAGUUCCCUGAAGCUUUGGGAAGACCCCUUCUUUACGGUAAAAGAGAACCUGCGAGCGGGCAUAGCGGUCUGUGAACAGUGGGUCGGGGCCUGUGAACACUUGACGGGACAGCUGUGGAAACGAUACAGUCCGCAUCAGUGGACGGGCGACAAGUAUCUCCCACAGUCGCUUCAGAGCCUGGCCCAAAGACUCGAGGAGGUGGUGACGAUUCGCACGGUUCAUGAGAAGCUAACGCGGCUACUGCCAGCAGGGAAACAGCAAGCCCUCUCCUCAGCCCGCGUGUUUGAAUCCUUCUCUGGACUCAACCCCUUGCACUACAACCCAUACACUGAGCCUCUGUGGAAGGCGGCUGUUUCACAGUUUGAGCGAGCCAUUGCACCUGCAGAGCGGGACAUCGCUGGCAGACUCAAAGCCUGCAUAGGAGAUGUUCAGGACAAUCCUCAGCAGCUUCUUCAGACAUUUCAAAAAUACAAGGAGCUAAUAAAACGGCCCAACAUCAGCAAGGAUCUGCUUUCAGAAAGAGAAACAUUACUAGCUAAACUUUUAGACUACAUGAAGGGACUCCGCACAGACUUUGAGAGUCGUUGUCAUGGUGUCCCAGGGGAAAAGUCUGGUCCCCUUGCUGGCAGGAAUCUCCCAGAGGUCGUCAACAACAUUGUGUGGGUUCGACAAUUGGUUCUGAAGGUGGAGGAUUCCAUCAGAAUGGCGGCGGCCCUGCUGCCGGACCUCUCCGGGUACCGCUCAUUCGUCAGAUUCUCAGAUGAUCUGCAGGAACAGCUCCAGGCUUACGAGCAGGAACAGUUCAAUGACUGGGCCCGAGACAUCCAGGCUGGGCUCUCCGAUCCAAAGUCUGGCAUCAGCCUGCAGGCUAGUAACCGUGUGAUGGAACUUGACCACGUUGACGGGAAACUAAAGAUCCAGUACUCGGACCGCCUUGUGACCCUGCUGAGAGAGGUCCGACAGCUCUCUGCUUUGGGGUUUGCCAUCCCGGCCAAAAUCCAGCAGGCUGCCAACACAGCUGACAAGUUUUACAGACAAGCCAUCAUCCUGAAACAGGUGGCUCAUUUUUACAACACCAUAGAUCAACAGAUGAUUCCUUCCCAGAGGCCCAUGAUGUUAAAUCAUGCCUUGGCUUUUGAACAAGUGAUCAAGAACCCAAGGUCCCAUUCCCGGGAGUCGGGUGGGAAGCUGCAGAUCACCUGGGACAAUCCCAAAGAGCUGGAGCAGUACAUUGGCAAGCUGCAGUCCUCCGCCGAACGCCUCUCCACCGAAAACAGGAAGCUGAGGAAGUGGCAUAUGGACUUCACUGAGAAGGUGGUAACGCUGAUGAAUGUGGACCUGUUGCGUCACCAACAGCGCUGGAAGGAUGGGCUGCAGGAGCUGCGGACAGGAUUCGCUACACUGGAAUCACAAGGGUUCCGGUCAGGAGACAUGCGUGCCUGGCGGCAGCACUGGAACCAUCAGCUGUACAAAGCUCUGGAGCACCAGUACCAGGUUGGCCUGGAGGCCCUCAACAAGAAUCUGCCCGAGAUCAACGUGGACCUCACCUUCAAGCAGGGGAGGUUGCAGUUCAGGCCGCCGUUUGAAGAAGUGAGAGCCAAGUACUUCAGGGAGAUGAAGCGCUUCAUCUCCAUCCCCAACCAGUUCAAGGGCGUCAGCGAGGCGGGGGAGGAGCCCAUCUUCCCCGUCAUGAUCGACAGGAACGCCAGCGGCUUCGUCACCAUUUUCAGCAAGGCCGAGGACCUCUUCAGCCGGCUCCUGCUGGUGCAGGACAAGUUCAAGGAGUGGGUGGUGCUGGGUCAAGUGGAUAUCGAUGCUCUGGUGGAGAGACACGUUCACACUGUGCAGGAUUGGGAGAGGAACUUCAAGGCCCUGAAAGCCAGGGGGAAGGAGUCGGAACGCUUACCCAGCACAGAGAAGGUGGACUGCAUAACCGUAAACUGUGACCCCGUGAAGGCGGUGAUUGAUGAUUUGAUCCAGAAGCUGUUCGAUGCUCUCCUCACGUCUUUGAGGAAAUCUAUCCAAGCUCACACCCAGGACAUUGACACCUUUCUCAACCAAGCCAUGGAAACCUUAUCAACUCGACCGGAGAGCAUUGAUGAAAUUGGCGAGGCCAACAUCAAGCACGGAGAGCUGCAAACUAAGAAGCCUGAUAUCCUCCCCCUGUUCCAGGAAGCAGAGGACAAGAACAGGUUGCUACGUACUGUAGCGGGUGGGGGCCUGGACUCCAUCAGCUCCUUGAGGGCCAAGUGGGACAAGUUUGAGCUAAUGAUGGAGAGCCACCAGCUCAUGAUCAAAGAGCAGGUGGAGGUGAUGAAGUCUAAUGCAGAGUCUCAGAUUCAAGCGUACCAGCAGGAGCUGGAGAAGUUCCGCGCUCGCUGGGACCAGCUGAAGCCCAGCGAUGACAUCAUAGAGUCUGGCGACCAGGAGGCUCUUCAGAAGUGUGUCCAGACCAUUAAAGACAAGAAGGCAGAGUUUGAAGAGCUGGAGGGCACCCGCAAGAAGCUAAUUGAAGAUUGUCGCCACUUUGACUUGAGCCCGCCUGACUUCUCCCUGGCACUCGAAACCAUCAAAGACAUUGAGGAAUUCUCUGAGAUGUGGUCACUUUACGAAGAAUUCCAGGAGGGCUUUCAGGACAAAGCAAAGGAAGACUGGAUCACUUUCAGGAGUAAGACCUAUAUUUUCGAAGAGUUCCUUUUCGCCUGGCAUGACAAGCUCCGAAAGCUUGAAGAACACACCACCAUGACUGUCAAACUGCAGAAAGAAAUAGACAAGUACAAGGGGUUGAUUCCGGUGCUGAAGUACGUUCGGGGUGAGCAUCUCUCUCAGGACCACUGGUUGGACCUGUUCCGUCUCCUGGGCCUCCCACGGGGCACCACGCUAGAGAAGCUGCUUUUUGGGGACUUGCUUCAGGUUGCCGACACCAUCGUUGACAAGGCCACAGAGCUGAAGGACCUGAACAGUCGUGCCCAGGCAGAAGUGACCAUCCGUGAGGCCCUGCGGGAGCUUGACCUGUGGGGGGCGGGUGCUGUGUUCACCCUGACCGACUAUGUGGACAGCCAGAAUAGGACGCUGAAGCUCAUCAAGGACUGGAAAGACAUGGUCAACCAGGUGGGGGACAACCGCUGCCUGCUGCAGUCUCUGAAGGACUCUCCCUACUACAAGGGCUUCGAGGACAAGGUGCUGCUGUGGGAGACUAGGCUGGCCGACCUGGAUGAGUACCUGCACAAUCUCAACAGCAUCCAGAGGAAGUGGGUCUACCUGGAGCCCAUCUUCGGGCGCGGGGCACUACCCAGGGAGCAGGCCCGCUUCAAGAGGGUGGACGAAGACUUCAGGUCUAUAAUGACAGAUGUACAAAGGGACAGCAGGGUGACGUCUCUGGCCAGCCGUGUUGGGAUCAGAAACUCUCUCAUCACUAUCUUAGACCAGCUGCAGAGGUGCCAGAAGUCUCUCAAUGAGUUCUUGGAGGAGAAGCGGUCAGCCUUCCCUCGUUUCUAUUUCAUCGGGGACGAUGACCUGCUGGAGAUCCUGGGCCAGGCCACCAACCCCGCUGUCAUCCAGUCUCACCUCAAGAAGCUGUUUGCCGGUAUCAACAGUGUGGAUUUUGAUGAGGGCUUCCAGAACAUAACGGCCAUGAAGUCCCUGGAGGGCGAGGUGGUCCCACUGAGGAACAAGAUUUGCAUCUCCAAUGACGUAGAGGUCUGGCUGGGUGACCUGUCCACAGAGAUGAAGGAGACUCUGAAGCAUCUCCUGCGUGAGUGUGUGACAGCGGGGAAGAGAGGCGACGUGGAUCCCUCACGCUUCCCCUCACAGAUCCUGUGUCUGGCAGAGCAGAUCCAGUUCACAGAGGAAGUGGAGAGCGCUAUCCGCCAUCAGAGCCUGCAGCAGCUUGAGGUGGAGCUAAUGGCCAAACUCGAGCACUACACCAGCGUAGAUACCAGCGCAGAGGAUGUAGGGGGUGCAGACUCCAGUGUUCUGCAGCUGAAGCUGAAAGCGCUGAUCCUGGACAUCAUCCACAACAUUGAGGUGGUGAAGCAGCUGAUGGAGGCGCAGGCACACUCCACCGAUGCCUGGGCCUGGAGGAAGCAGCUGCGCUUCUACCUGCGCCAGGAUGGCCACUGCCUCAUACAGAUGGUGGACGCCGAGUUCCGCUACACCUACGAGUACCAGGGCAAUGCUGCCAAGCUGGUCCACACUCCCCUCACGGAUAAGUGUUAUCUUACCCUCACACAAGCCAUGAAGAUGGGCUUAGGAGGCAAUCCCUACGGGCCUGCCGGAACCGGCAAGACGGAGUCCGUCAAGGCCCUGGGUGGGCUGUUCGGAAGACAAGUUCUGGUGUUCAACUGUGAUGAGGGUAUCGAUGUGAAGUCAAUGGGGCGCAUCUUCGUGGGGCUGGUGAAGUGUGGAGCGUGGGGCUGCUUUGACGAGUUCAACCGCCUGGAGGAGGCGGUGCUGUCGGCCGUGUCCAUGCAGAUCCAGGCCAUCCAGAACUCUCUGAAGAACCAGAGGAACACGUGCGAGCUGCUGGGAAAAGAGGUGGACCUGGAUCCCAACUCUGGAAUCUUCAUCACUCUGAACCCGGCAGGAAAGGGCUACGGUGGACGGCAGAAGCUUCCGGACAACCUGAAGCAGCUCUUCAGACCGGUGGCCAUGUCCAGGCCGGACAACGACCUCAUCGCCGAGGUCAUCCUUUACUCGGAGGGCUUCAAAGACGGCAAGAUCCUCGGCCGCAAGCUGGUGGCCAUCUUCAACCUCUCCAGGGAGCUGCUGACCCCUCAGCAGCACUAUGACUGGGGCCUGCGGGCGCUGAAGACCGUCCUGCGGGGCUGCGGGGGCCUGCUGCAGCAGCAGAGGAGGAGUGACAGCCAGAGGAAGAUUCAGGAGAGCCACAUCGUGGUGCAGGCCUUGCGACUCAACACCAUGUCCAAGCUGACCUUUGCUGACAGCUCCCGCUUCGACGCCCUGGUGCGAGACGUCUUCCCUGGGGUGGACUUCAAGGACGUGGAGUACGAGAUGCUGUCAGCUGCUCUGGAAGCCGUCUUCGAGGAGGCCAAGCUGGAGAUCAUUCCUAGCCAGAUAAAGAAGGCCCUGGAGCUGUAUGAGCAGCUGCGGCAGAGGAUGGGCGUGGUGAUCGUGGGGCCCAGCGGGGCGGGGAAGUCCACCCUGUGGCGCAUGCUGCGGGCAGCACUGGGGCGCACCGGCAAGGUGGUCAAGCAGUACACCAUGAACCCCAAAGCCAUGCCCCGGCAACAGCUGCUGGGACACAUCGACAUGGACACCCGCGAAUGGUCAGACGGGGUCCUGACCAACAGCGCCCGGCAGGUUGUCCGUGAGCCUCAGGAAGUCAACUCCUGGAUUAUCUGUGACGGUGACAUUGACCCUGAGUGGAUUGAAUCUCUGAACUCUGUCCUGGACGACAACCGUCUCCUCACCAUGCCCAGCGGCGAGAGGAUCCAGUUCGGCCCCAAUGUCAACUUCGUCUUCGAGACUCACGACCUCAGCUGCGCCUCCCCAGCCACCAUCUCGCGGAUGGGCAUGAUCUUCCUCAGCGAUGAAGACACCGACGUGAAGUCUCUGGUGAAGUCAUGGUUGAAGGGUCAGCCCGAUGAAUGCAGAAGUAAUCUUGAGAACUGGAUCGGAGAUUACUUCGAGAGGAGCCUGGACUGGGUUUUGAAACAGAAUGACUUUGUGGUGGAGACCAGUCUGGUGGGAACCGUGCUGAACGGUCUGUCUCACCUUAGCGGUGUCAGAGAGCGUGGUCAGUUCGUGGUCAGCCUCAUCAGGGGCCUGGGGGGGAACCUACAUUUCAAGUCCCGUGUGGAGUUUGCCAAAGAGGUCUUAGGCUGGGCCAGGGAGAGCCCGCCUGACCCACGGAAGCCCCUGGACACCUUCUACGACCGAGAGGUGGAUCGGCUGGUGGCCUACCAGCUGGAGCGGCCCGACAGCCUGACGGUGGAGGAUCUCAGCAACCCCCAGAGGCUGCCGGUCAUCCAGACGCCAGACAUGCAGAGAGGGCUGGACUACUUCAAGCUGUGGCUCUGCACUGAGCACAGACAGCCCUUCCUGCUAGUGGGACCAGAAGGCUGUGGCAAAGGGAUGCUGCUGCGCUACGCCUUCUCGCAGCUGCGCUCCACCCAGGUGGCCACCGUCCACUGCAGCGCUCAGACCUCGUCCCGCCACGUCCUGCAGAAACUCACCCAGACCUGCCUGGUCAUCAGCUCCAACACGGGCCGCGUCUACAGGCCGAAAGACUGCGAGCGACUCGUCCUCUACCUCAAAGACAUCAACCUCCCCAAACCUGACAAGUGGGGCACCAGCAACCUCAUAGCCUUCCUGCAGCAGGUGCUGACCUACCACGGCUUUUAUGAUGAAAACCUGGAGUGGGUGGGUUUAGAAAACAUCCAGAUUGUGGCCUCCAUGUCUGCAGGGGGUGCUGUGGGCAGACAUGUCCUCACCUCCAGAUUCACCUCCAUCGUUCGUAUCUGCACCAUUGAUUAUCCUGACAGAGAACAGCUGCAGACCAUCUACAGCGCCUACCUGCAACCUGUGCUGCAGAGGAGCCUGGGAGACCAGUCAACCUGGAGCUCCACUGGAAAGGUUCACCAGCUCGCCGGGUCCCUGGUGCAGGUGUAUGAGCAGGUGAAAGCCAAAUUCACGGUGGAUGACUAUAGCCACUACCUGUUCACCCCCUGUGUGCUGACCCAGUGGGUACUGAGUCUGUUGAGAUAUGACCUGACCUCUGGAAAAUCCCAAAAUCCCACAGAUGGGGUGCUGGAGGUUGUAGCCUAUGAGGCCCGCCGCCUGUUUCGGGAUCGCAUCGUCACUACCAAGGAUCUCAACGCGUUUGAUAACAUCCUGCAGUCUGUGAUCCGAGGGGACUGGGGUUCAGAUGUGCUGGAGAACAUGUCCGACACUUUCUAUGUGACAUGGGGUGCAGCCCAUGAGGCAGGGGCUGUUAUGGCACCUGGACAGUCCCUGCCCUCUCACGGCAAGCCGCUGGGCCGCCUCAACUCCACCGACCUCAGGGAAGUCAUUCACAAGGGAGUUGUCCUGUACGGUCGGGACAACCGUGAGCUGGACAUCCUGCUGUUUCACGAGGUCCUGGACUACAUGUCCCGUGUGGACCGUGUGCUGAGCUGCCCGGGAGGGUCGCUGCUCCUGGCGGGGCGCAGCGGGGUGGGCCGGCGCACAGCCACCUCUGUGGUCAGCCACAUGCACGGAGCCGCGCUCUUCACGCCGAAAAUCUCCCGCGGAUACGGCCUCAAGCAGUUUAAGACCGACUUGAAAACCGUGAUGCAGCUGGCUGGCAUCGAGGGGCAACAGGUGGUGCUUCUCCUGGAGGACUACCAGUUUGUUCACCCGUCCUUCCUGGAGAUGGUCAACAGCUUGCUGUCCUCAGGGGAGGUGCCAGGUUUGUACAGCACCGAGGAGCUGGAGCCACUGCUGUCCACCCUGAAAGACCAGGCGUCCCAGGACGGAUUCCCGGGCCCUAUCUUUAAUUACUUCGCAUACAGAAUCCAGCAGAACCUCCAUGUCGUUCUCAUCAUGGACUGCACCAACCCCAACUUCACCAUCAACUGCGAGAGCAACCCGGCGCUCUACCGCAAGUGCUCCGUGCAGUGGAUGGAGGGCUGGUCUGAGAGCAGCAUGAAAAAGAUCCCCGAGAUGCUGCUGUCGAAGGCCUCCGGGGAGGAAGGGAAAGGCCGUGGGAAGAAGGGACACAAGAGGAAAAUGUCAGGUCACGCUGACAUCUCCAAGUCUUUCCUGAUGAUCCACGAGUCAUGCAGAGAGUACGGUGCCACGCCCAGCCAGUACAUGGCCUUCCUGCAGGUCUACAGCUCCAUUUACAGCAGCAAGCAGGCCGAGCUGAUCAAGAGGCAGAGCCACCUGCAGGCGGGCGUGUCCAAACUGAAUGAGGCCAAGGCAUUGGUGGACGAUCUGAAGGGGCGGGCGGCGGAGCAGAGCGCGCUGCUGAAGACCAAGCAGGCUGAGGCCGAUGCUGCGCUACAGGAGAUCACCGUCUCCAUGCAGAAUGCCAGUGAUCAGAAGACGGAGAUGGAGAAGAUCAAGGGGAAGAUGGCGGAGGAGGUGUUGAAGAUUGAGGAGCGGAAAAGAAAAAUUGAUGACGAGCUGAAGGAGGUGCAGCCCCUUGUUGAUGAAGCCAAGCGUGCGGUGGGGAACAUAAAGCCGGAGUCGCUCUCGGAGAUCCGCUCAUUGCGCAUGCCCCCGGAUGUCAUUCGGGACAUCCUAGAGGGGGUGCUGAGGCUCAUGGGUAUUUUUGAUACCUCAUGGGUGAGCAUGAAGAGUUUCCUCGCAAAGAGAGGCGUAAGAGAAGACAUUGUGACUUUCGAAGUGCGGAACAUAACCCCCGAAAUCCGAGAGAGCGUCGAGGAGCUUCUGCACAGAAACAAGGCCUCGUUUGACCCAAAGAACGCGAAGCGUGCGAGUGCGGCGGCCGCGCCUCUGGCGGCCUGGGUGAAGGCCAACGUGCAGUACUCUCACGUCCUGGAGCGCAUCCAGCCCCUGGAGAAGGAGCAGGCGGGCCUGAUGGAAAACCUCCGGAAGACAGAGAGCAGGAAGAACAAACUGGAGGACCUCCUGAACUCCGUCGGGCAGAAAGUGAACGAACUGAAGGAAAAGUUCCAGUCUCGCACCACAGAGGCGGCCAAGCUGGAGGCGGAGGUGAGCAAAGCCCAGGAGACCAUCCAGGCUGCGGAGAAACUGAUCCACCAGCUGGAUGGGGAGCACACUCGCUGGAACGCCCAGGUGGCCGAGAUAACAGAGGAGCUGGAGACGCUGCCUAAGAGAGCCCAACUGGCUGCAGCCUUCAUCACUUAUCUGUCGGCUGCUCCCGAGGAUCAGAGGAAAGCCAGCCUGGAAGAGUGGAUGAAGUCCUCUGGCCUUCAAAGUUUUGACCUGCGUCGCUUCCUGUGCUCUGAGAGUGAGCAGCUGAUCUGGAAGAGCGAGGGGCUUCCCUCAGACGACCUCUCCAUGGAGAACGCCCUGGUCAUCUUACAGAUCAAUGCCUUGAAGUCGCGGAGCUGCGCCUGCCCCUUCCUCAUCGACCCAUCCUCUCGAGCCACGGAGUGGCUGAGAACGCACCUGAAGGAGUCCCGGCUGGAGGUGAUAAACCAGCAGGACUCCAACUUCAUCACUGCGCUGGAGCUGGCCGUGCGCUUUGGGAAGACCCUGAUCAUCCAGGAGAUGGAUGGAGUGGAGCCCGUGCUGUAUCCCCUGCUGAGACGGGACCUCAUUGCACAGGGCCCCCGCUACGUCGUCCAGAUCGGGGACAAAGUUAUCGAUUACAAUGAAGAAUUCCGUCUCUUCCUGGCCACCCGAAACCCCAGCCCAUUCAUCCCACCAGACGCUGCCUCGGUGGUGACUGAGGUCAACUUCACUACCACUCGAGCAGGCCUCCGAGGACAGCUGCUGGCAUUGACGAUCCAGCAGGAGAAGCCAGAGUUGGAGACUGAGAAGACUCGGCUGCUGCAGCAGGAAGAGGACAAGAAGAUCCAGCUGGCCAAACUGGAAGAGUCCCUGCUGGAGACACUGGCAACGGCACAAGGCAACAUCCUAGAGAACAAGGACCUGAUCGAGUCUCUGAACAAGACAAAGUCCAGCAGUGCAUUGAUCCAGGAGUCCCUCACUGAGUCACAUCGGCUCCAGGCCUCACUGGACCAGGAACGAGAUGCCUAUCUCCCAUUAGCAGAGAGCGCGAGCACCAUGUACUUUGUUAUAACUGACCUCUCCAAAAUUAAUAACAUGUACCGCUUUAGCCUGGCGGCCUUCCUCCGAAUCUUCCAGAGAGCGCUGCAGAGCAGUAAGGAGUCGGAGAGCACGGAGGCCCGAAUCAUGUCUCUGGAGGCCUGCCUGAAGAGCAUGGUCUAUGAGUACGUCUGCCGCUCACUCUUCAAGGCUGAUCAACUCAUGUUUGCCUUGCACUUCGUCAAAGGGAUGCACCCUGAGCUCUUCCAGGAGAACGAGUGGGACGCGUUUACUGGACUUGUCGUCGGGGACAUGGUCCGGAAGACGGAUUCCCAGAAGCCCUCGAGAGAGGAGAUUCCAUCCUGGAUCGAUCAGGAGAGACUGGGAGCAGUGGCGAUGUUCAAGAACACGUUUCCAGCCCUGUACCAGACCCUGUGCCUGGGUGAUGCUGACCUCUGGCUCACGUUCUCGCGCAGUUCGGGCUGCGAGCAAGACUUCCCACCCACCAUUGCCAAAAAGAUCUCUCUGUUCCAGCAGGUCCUGGUGGUGCAGGCGAUCCGACCGGACAGACUUCAAAGUGCCAUGGCUUUCUUCGCAUCCCAGGCGCUGGGCAUGAAGGAGCUUUCCCCUCCGCCCCUGAACCUGCGUAGGCUGUUCCGGGAGACCCUGGAGAUCGAGCCCGUCCUGAUCGUCAUCUCCCCUGGGGCCGACCCCUCCCAGGAGCUUCUGGAGCUGGCCAGCGAGACCGUCGGCCGGGAGAACUACCACGAGGUUGCAAUGGGUCAGGGCCAGGCUGACAUUGCUAUUCAUACUUUGAAAGAGUGUGCUCGCAAUGGAGAGUGGCUCUGUCUAAAGAACUUGCACCUGGUCACAGCCUGGCUCCCCCUGCUGGAGAAGGAGCUGAAUGUCCUUCAGCCAAAAGAGGGCUUUCGUCUGUGGCUCACAGCGGAGGUCCACCCCAAGUUCACCCCCAUUUUGCUUCAGUCCAGUCUGAAAAUAACAUACGAGGCACCUCCAGGGCUGAAAAAGAACUUAAUGAGGACAUAUGAAUCCUGGACCCCUGAACAGAUCAGUAAGGGAGGUCUGUUGCCCCGGGCACAGUCACUUUUCUGUCUCGCGUGGUUCCAUGCAGUGUGCCAGGAGCGCCGAAACUACAUUCCCCAGGGCUGGACCAAGUUUUAUGAAUUUUCUCUUUCUGAUCUACGUGCCGGCUUUGAGAUCAUCGACAGACUUUUUGAUGGGGGGAAGGAACUCCAGUGGGAGUUUGUGCACGGCCUUCUGGAAAACGCCAUCUACGGCGGCCGCAUCGACAGCCUGAGCGACCUGCGCAUCCUCCGCUCCUACCUGCAGCAGUACUUCAACUCCCGGCUGCUCUCAGGACCGCAGGGGCGCGGCAAGAAGAGUGCGGCCGUCCCCUCCCAAAUGAGCCUGCCCAACUCCUGCAGCAUCCUGGAUUACCGCAGCGUGAUUGAGAACCUGCCGGAGGACGACAGGCCGGCGUUUUUCGGCCUCCCCGCCAACAUCGAGCGCUCCUCACAGCGCAUCGUCAGCUCUCAGGUGAUCUCCCAGUUGAGGAUUCUGAGCAGGUCGGUAGCAGCCGGGUCCAAGUUUGAUCGAGAGAUCUGGUCCAACGGGCUUUCCCCAGUCCUGAACCUGUGGAAGAAACUGAACCAGGGCUCCUCUCUAAUCCAUCAGAAGGUGGCCCCACCCAGUGAGAGCCAGGGCUCACCUGUCCUGUCCUUCAUCGUGCUGGAGCAAUUCAAUGCCAUCCGCCUGGUCCAGGGCAUCCACCAGUCACUGGCUGCUCUCAGUAAAGUCAUCCGUGGGACCUCUCUGCUGACCACCGAGGUGCACAAGCUUGCCACUGCCCUACUUAACCAGGAGUGUCCGCUGAGCUGGCAGAAUAAGUGGGAAGGCCCAGAGGACCCCAUGCAGUACCUGAGAGCUGUGGUGGCUCGUGCCCUCGCCAUCCAGAGCUGGGUGGAGAAGGCCGAGAGGCAGAGCUUGCUGUCAGACACUCUGGACCUGUCUGAACUCUUUCAUCCAGACACGUUCCUGAAUGCCCUCAGACAGGAGACAGCCAGGUCUAUGAGCUGCUCAAUGGACAGUCUUAAGUUUGUAGCAUCCUGGAAGAGUCGAAUUGCCGAAGCCAAGCUCCAAGUCAAGAUCGGUGGCUUGAAGCUGGAAGGGUGCAGUUUUGACGGAAACCGUCUGUCGGAGAACCAGCACGACUCCCCCAGCGUGUCGGCCGUGCCUGCCUGCUACAUCGCCUGGAUUCCUCAGGAUGCCAGCGGCUGCUACCCUCCGGAGGAAUGCAUCUCCCUGCCUGUGUACACCAGCGCAGAGCGGGUGCGUGUGGUGACCAACAUCGAGGUGCCGUGCGGAGGGAGUCCUGACCAGUGGAUCCAGUGUGGGGCGGCUCUGUUCCUCAAACAGCAGUGA